CGAAGGUUUGUGCUGAGCGUUAACGUAGGGAAGUCUAAUUAUACAGCUCUACAAGGGCGCACCUGAAAAAGUAUUUUUCUUAAGCCAAAAAAUAAUAAAGAGAAACACAUUUCACACGCGGAGAGCCAACAACCAAUUCCCCAAUUCGCCUCCUCGCGUGCGGUUUGAUCUGCUUCAAGGUUCCGCGAGAACGCAGCGCUAAUCCGGCGUCGAAUCCGAUGGCGGCCAGCGCCGGCAGCAAGAUCCGCAACGCCAAACUGGUUCUUCUUGGCGAUGUGGGUGCUGGGAAAUCCAGCCUGGUGCUUCGGUUUGUAAAAGGACAAUUUGUUGAAUUCCAGGAAUCGACAAUUGGAGCGGCUUUCUUCUCUCAAACAUUGGCUGUUAAUGACGAGACUGUGAAGUUUGAAAUUUGGGAUACUGCUGGGCAGGAGAGGUAUCACAGCUUGGCCCCCAUGUACUACAGGGGUGCUGCCGCAGCCAUAGUUGUCUAUGACAUCUCGAACCAGGCAUCCUUCACCCGAGCAAAGAAAUGGGUUCAAGAACUUCAAGCUCAAGGAAACCAGAAUACAGUAGUGGCUCUUGCUGGCAACAAAGCUGAUUUGCUUGAGGCGAGGGAGGUUCAAAUAGAGGAAGCCAAGACGUAUGCGCAGGAGAAUGGCCUCUUCUUCAUGGAAACAUCUGCUAAAACUGCAACCAAUGUGAAUGACAUAUUUUAUGAGAUUGCGAAGAGAUUGCUGCAAGGGCAGGCAGCGCAGAACCCACAGGCGGCGGGGAUGGUUCUCUCCCAGAGACCCAAUGAGAGAGUGGUCAGCGCGGCUUCGUGCUGCUCCUCCUGAAGCAUCGUAUAUUUGGUCACAUUCGUCGUCUGAGAAAUUUUGGGAGAGGAAUCUCGACAAACUAUCCUGAAAGCGCCUCUUGCUCCUGUGCCUUAUCUGACAUACUCUUAAGCGCUACCGUGCCCACCUGUCUUUUCUUUUUCGUUCAUGUGUUUGUCAUGUAAAUGCCCAUACUAGAAUGCCGCUGCAGAUAUCUUAAGUGAGAGUUACCUCCAAA